CUCGAGAUUUUUGGCCCAAAAUUAUCUUUGGCCAUAGCGGCAGCAGUCCUUCCUCGUGCAUCUCCCGAUGGCUCGCAGCACCUCGCUCCUGUCUCCGGCGCUCGUGGCGGCUCUUGCCGUCGUGGCCUGCCGGCUCGUGCUCGGCGCGGUCUUCGUCGGCGCGCCCGCUGUGCGAGGCCUGCGGGGCCAGGCCAUCACGCGCCGCGUUGGCACGGACUACCUGCUGCGCAACGGCCCGAGGGAUGCCGACGGCCCGCCUGUGGACACGGCCGCGGCCCCAGCCGGCCAGUCGGUGGAGUACAAGAAGCGCCCUUUCGGCAUCGCCCGCUACGCGCCCGGCGUCGGCGGCAACGGCGCGACGGUCAUGGAGGUGACCCAGAAGUCCCGCUACCCGGGCGACCCGCAGGGUCAGGCCUUUGUUGCCGGCGUGCAGCCUGGCUGGUCCGUGAAGACGGUGAACGGUCAGGACGUCACUGGUCUCCCCUUUGGAGCCAUCAUGGAGAUGCUGGACGACGAGGUGCUGGACCCGGUCGCGGCGCUCUCCUUGAAUGUGAAGGGGGAUGCCUCUCAGAGUAGCGGGUCUACAGGCAUGGCUGGCGCAGGCAUGACAGACUUCGGUGUUUCCAAGGCGGAGGUUCCGAUCACGGUCUUGUACUCUUCUCGCUGAGCAUUGAGCGAGUGGAGCACUCGUUGCAGCAUCGUGUGAGUGCGGCCUUAUGAAACAUUUUUCGCUGCGCCAGUUGGACGCGGUCUCUGAUUCGGCUGUUCGCUGACUGCUCGACUGAUUGACAGUCGUCCAUGCGUUUUGAGUGGACGAUCGAGCAACACAGCACUCGUCCUUCCCCUCCUGCGUCGAGCGCGCAGGUCCAUCGGACGGGAGGCCGAAGAGUCUCACCAUGAGGGGCAACGUUUGGGUGGGACAGGCUCAGGUGGGUACAUCUGCAUCGGA